AUGCCGAUCCCCGCUCCAAAAUGCGGGCGACAAGCCGAGCCUGUUUGGGCCAUCUUCUCUGCCGAGGACGACGAGGCGCCUCCCGAAGCUGUCACCCUGGCCUGUCCUUCAAAGACGGUCCAGUUUGUGAACCACAUGAUCCUCGGUUCACAAAUGGAGCUGUCCGAGAUCGAGGACCUCCCGAAGAAGCUCCUUCGGGAGGAGGCUAGCCACGCCUUCCGUCUUCAAGCUUCGGCCUCAAUGGACAUGUGGUUGUGCGUCAAGCGAGCCAUUAAUGCUGCCGAAAAGGUGAAGAAGGCAUAUGAAGACGGCAGAGCGAAGGUUGCCGAGGCUGGUAAACCAUCCAAGCUCAAGCGAACUUGGCGAAGGACAUGCAGGCUGCAGAACGGCAGGUAA